AAGAGGCGAGGGUUUAAAAAUUCUUGUAACUAACAUUAAAACUGGACCAAACAAAGGCCUUCCCAUAUGGCAGGAACAAAAUGAAGUCGCGCGGCCGGGGUUAGGUUUAAUGCAGGGUUUUUUUCACAAAUUUUCUGCCACUUAAAAUAAAAAUAAAUAGACAAUCAUAUAAAACGCCUAAAAUUUUCUCCAUAGAUAGCCAUGGCAUUUCACCUGGCGUGCCCGAUCACAUGCCAGAAGAUUUGUUAUUGCCCGCUGGGGUUUCCGGGUCCUCUGCAGAGCAAUGGAGGGAGAAGGGCUUUCCUGGACGAUGUUUACCGGCUGGAGAAGCUGCUCGGCAAUCCCGGGCUUGUAGCAGCUGGUGGAAGGGAGACUGUGGAUAUUAUUGUGCCCAAGAUUUCUACAGAUUAUUAUGGGAAGGAGUAUGACAAUUCGAAGAAGAGGGGUGAGGAUUCCGAGGAUGUUGACCGGGACGAGCGAUUGUCUAGUCACACCAAGCAGAUGUCAAUGCGGAAGAAAGCGACACUUGCCUCCUUGGCUAUGGAGGAUUAUGCCCGCAAAUUGGAGCAGGGAGAAUUCGGUGGCACGCAAUCAGAAGCGGAAGCUGUUUUGCGACUGGGAAGACACAAGGGCACCCAUCUAGCCGAGGAAGCAAUUAAAAGUGACAGUUUUUUAGAAGAGAAAGGAUCAAUAGUGCCAAAAAUAAUGUGUAGGAUAUGCUUUUCUGGAGAAGACGAAGGUACCCAAAAGGUUGAGAGAAUGCUCUCAUGCAGAAGCUGCAAUAAGAAAUAUCACAGGAGCUGUUUAAAACGUUGGGCUGAAAACAGAGAUCUAUUUAACUGGGCUUCUUGGGUUUGCCCCUCAUGUAUGAGCUGUGAGGUAUGCAAGCGAACUGGGGACCCUAGCAAGCUUAUGUUUUGUAAAAGAUGUGAUGCAGCUUGUCAUUCUUAUUGCCAACAACCCCCUCAUAAGAAUGUAACACCUGGGCCAUAUCUGUGUUCAAAGCACACAUGGUGUCAUAGUUGUGGAUCGACUGUCCCUGGUAGUGGGAUUAGUACCAGGUGGUUUAUUGGACAUACUUCAUGUGAUGCUUGUGGCAGACUUUUUAUUAAAGGGAAAUACUGUCCAGUCUGUUUAAAGGUAUAUAGGGAUUCAGAGUCAACACCCAUGGUGUGCUGUGAUGCUUGCCAACGAUGGGUUCAUUGUGUUUGUGAUGGCAUCAGCGAAGAAAAGUAUCAGCAGUUCCAAGCUGAUGGAAAUUUGUAUUACAGAUGUGCUGCAUGUCGUGGGGACUGUUAUCAGGUUAAGGACCUUGAUGAUGCUGUUCAAGAGCUUUGGAGGAGAAGGGAUAAAUUUGAACUUGAACUGGUGACCACAUUAAAGGCCUCAGCUGGACUCCUUUCACAGAAGGAAAUGUUACACCUUUGUCCUUCUUCAGACGAUGACAACGAUUUCCCUUCCAUUGAGCCAGAAAAUGAGUCAGCAAAAAAAGGUAAAGUAGUACACAAGGGGGCAGCUGAGAAGGCAUAUAAAAAUGGAAAAGAACAAGUGCCAAGACAAAAGGAGUUUGGAAAAAAAUCCUCAAAAAAUGCAGUAAUAAAUAAAAAACAUGUCAAGAGGAAAGGACCACAGAUUCAAUCCAAUGGUAAUUUGGGAGCAGUGAAGAACAGCUUUCAUUGGUUUCAGUCAGAAAUGAAAGAAAAUGAGGAUACAAUACCAAAUAAAGAUCAAGAUAGUUUGAAAUAUGAAGAGAUAGAAGAGGAAGCUUCGCAAAAGUCUAAUGGGGUUAACUUGUUUUCUCAUCCCAACAAAACAAGUUCAAUCAAAUCUGGCUUAUUGAUGGGCCAGAUUGACAACAAGAUGUUUAAGGACAGCCUUGUUGAAAGUGGGUCACCUAGUGACAAAAAGAAAAGCAAGCGCCAUAAAAGCAAAAACAGUUCUAAGCUGUCUGACAGUCAAAUUUAUGGUGAAGAAAAAACUGAAACUGAAAAGCUUGUCAGCAAGGCUGAGAGCGGAAGAGGAACAAAAAUUGUUAUACAUCUUCCAAAAGGGAAAUCAUACCGCAUUCCAGCAUCAGAGACAUCGAGUAGUCACAGGGAAGAUGGCUCGGCAGGCUCGCAAGGGUUCCCUCCAAUUCGUUCUGCAGGAAUUCAUCACGGCAGUACAAUGCAAGAGAAGUCAAAAUACCUACGUAAUGAUCUCAAUGGGGAAAAAUUGAGAAUGCCAGAGAAAGAUCGAAAAACUAGUUCAAAGGAGCCUGGCAGGUUGAUGUCAUUUAGGGCAGGCAGGCCUCUGAUAACUGAUGAAAUUGAAUCUGAUGAUCAUCGACAGGAAGCAGAAGGUAUUUUACCAAGCAGCACUCCUUCUGUCAGUUCCAGACAUCAGAGGAUUACUGAUGGCAAUCUUGAGGACUUGCCAGCUAAUGUGAGUCAAGAUGAAGAUUCGUCAGAGUUAACGAGGAAAAGGUUUAAAGUAACAAGUAUAGGUAGUGAAAGUAGAAAUGAUGGGACUGAGGUGUCUGCUCUUGAUGAUUCAAUGUCAAAGCGUUCUUUGAAAGUGAAAUUUAAGAAACCUUCUUAUGAAAACACAACUCCUUGGGUACAACGGCGAGAUGAAGAUGAUGGAAGUUUAAUUAAAGGGCAGAGAUCAAAGAGAAAGAGACCACAUAUCCUGGAAACAGAAAAGCAGGAUAAGGAAGACAGAGAGGGUACCUUCAAUCCAAAGGAGGAUACAGUUAAUUCAUUCUUAGACUACAACUGGAUCUUGAUGAAGCUUGGUAAGGAUGCCAUAGGAAAGAGAGUAGAAGUUCAUGAACCAUCAGACAAUACUUGGCAUAAGGGAUCUGUAACUGGAAUGGGAGAACAACAAUCAACAUUCCGUGUACACUUAGAUGAUGGUAGAACAGAAAUAAUUGAACUUGGCAAACAGACUGUUCGACUUAUUUCUCAAAGUAAAAAAAGGCCAAGAACGUAAUUUUUAAACCUGAUUGUAAUUUUGUAUAUUAGAUGCAUUUCUUAAUAUCUUAUUUAAAAUAACUGCUUUGAGAAAAUUGCAGCUCCUGUAAAGUCAUUUUUUGAGAAUCAAUAGAAUUUUAUUGUUGCA